AUGUCAGUUCCCGAAUCUCAAGUUUGGCGCUCGUCGGGCAAUUGGCGGGUACAGUCCCCAAAUGCUGGUCAGAACUCACCCGGCGCGGGCUCACAGUCUGCCUGGCGCACACCCGGUGGCCGUUCUGGCUAUGGCCGCGGCGGCUUCAACGCCGGCCGCGCCGGUGGCAGCGGUGAUCAGCAGCAGGACCCGGCUGCUGCGGAGGGCCGUCGCAUCUACGUCGGUAACGUGCCGUACGACGUCGAGGCCGCCGAGGUGGAGGCGCUGCUCAGCGACAGCGGCUUCCCGGGAGCCAAGGUGAAGAUGAGCCUGAACCAUGAGACGCGCCGCAACCCGGGCUAUUGCUUUGCGGACUUCGCGGACAAGCAGACUGCCGACAUUGCUCUGGAGAACCUGGGCGGGAUCACGCUCCGGGACCGACAGCUCAGAGUCGGCCCCUGCCAGCAGAAGAAGCCGCAGUCAGAGUACCAGUCCACCGGUGACCGGCGCGGGGACCGCCAGGACCGGUCCUCGGGCAGCCCCUUUGGUGGCCAGCGCUCGAGCGACUGGGCGCCGCGUGAGAGAAGCUACGGCGGCACCCCGGACCCGGCCACCGAGGAGAAGCGCCGGCUGUAUGUGGGCGGCCUGCCGAGGAUGGAGACCCAGGAGGAAUGCGAGCAGAACAUGCGCGAGCUGUUUGCUGGUUUCGACAUUGAGUCUGUCAGCAAGCCCAUUGCGCCGCCUGCUGCAUCGCAGGACAAGCCCGGCAAUCAUUACUACUGCUUCGUGGACUUUACCGCCACAGAAGAGGCCAGCAGGGCUGAGGUUGCGUUCAAUGGCCAGCCGUAUGCUGACGGGGCCUUGAGAAUCGGACCGGCUAAGAGCGAGAGGAAGCCGAGAGAUCACCAGAGCGUGUGGAACCGACCUCGCUUCGGCGCUCAGGACGGCGGUGCCGCAUAA